GUCUUGUUAGAAUCGACUGAUUUGAGGGGGACUUCACUUCACCUUAAUAGGCACACCGUUAAAAGUGAGAUAUUUCAAACACUUUCGAAUCCAAUUGUAUCCUGGAACGAGAAAUGGCGGCACUUGAAAUGAGAAACUGGGAAAAUAUACUGUUACACGUUUCGGAAGCGCCAUUUUUAUGUGAAAAUUCUGACAAAAGUGUGUACAAGAUUUUCAACGAAAUGACCGACGGACAUGGCGCGGAGACGGGACCGGAGCUCGACGAGGAGAUGGAGAAGGUCUUCGCCAUGGACGCCGGGGAGAAGUUCGACGUAGCCCGGCUUGGGUCACCCUCCGAGUCGGCUGGAUCCGACCGGGACCGAGACCGGGGCGCCCAGCCUCGUUAUGGCGACCGCGACCGCGACCUCAACCAACACCGGAAGAGAAGCUACCCCCAUCCCCACAUGCCGCUGAAGAGUCUGCGGUCCCGGUCCAUGCGACGACAUCUCUCGCCGGAAGGUUCCAGUGCGGAGGCCGGCCAGGACGAGGAGAACGGGGCGCACGGCCUAAACAGGAGCGGAAGCGGAAGUGGAGACUCGAGGAGCGAUGCCACGGACCCCGUGCCCGAGACCCAGGUGGUGGUGCCCGGAGACGGCGACGCCGUGGACGACGUCGAGCCCAGCGAGUACCUUGACGAGGAAGAUGCCACCGUGGAAGAGGACCAACCGAUCCUCGAGGAGACCGCGCACGUGGGCAGCGGAGAGAGCGAGGCUCCCAUAUCCGAGAGGGCGGCCUCGGGGUACUCCGAGAGCCCCUCCAAGGGCAGUCCCAGGGUGCAGUUCGAGCGGAUCCGGGAAGAGGAGGCGGAGAGCAACCCGGUAGUCGAGGAGCCGACGGGCACCGACGACCGCAAACCUCGCAGACACCACAAGCACGAUCAUAAACGGCACCACUACAAGUCCAGGAAGUACUCUCUCCAGGAGGACCCGCAAUGGCGGAAACGCUCGGGAGCUGGCCUCCCGGACGGGGUGGGUCUCCUGACGAGGAGGGUCAGCGUGCAGCCGGAGGAGGCGAGCACCCUCCAGGAGCUGGACAUCGACGACCUGGAGUCCCACAGGAGCGACGACCCCAGGGGCAUGCGGAGGCACAAGGCCUCCACCGUCCAGAUCGGCCGCCGGAAGGAGGGCGGCAUACCCCACGACACCCUGAAGAAGAUGUACGACCACUCGCCCCACGAGGUCUUCGUCCAGCUCGACGAGCUCCACGGGGUCGGCGAGGAACGCGAGUGGCGCGAGACCGCCCGCUGGAUCAAGUACGAAGAGGACGUUGAAGAGGGUGCCGACAGGUGGGGCAGGCCCCACGUGGCCUCGCUCAGCUUCCACUCGCUCCUGAACCUGAGGAGAUGCCUAGAGACCGGCGUCGUCCUCCUCGACCUGGAGGAGCGAGACCUCCCAGGCCUGGCCUACAGGGUCGUCGAGCAGAUGGUCGUCGAGGAGCUCAUCCUACCCGAGGAUCGCCCCAUCGUCAUGAGAGCUCUUCUCCUUAGACAUCGGCAUGUACACGAGCACGAUCGCGGCUUCAGGUUCGGCAUGAAGCGCAACUACUCCAGCUACACCAGUCUGCAGUCCAUCUGGCUGGAGGAAGAAGAGGCUGCGCGGGAAGCCGCUGAGAACCGUGUGACCCAACAUAACCUAAACCACGACAACAAGCCGAAGAUCGUCUCCUCGAACUCGGCCCUGGACACCAAUCAUACGACGGUCGACAUGAAGGAGGAGCUGACCUACACGAGUAGCAACGAGGACCUGAAGAAGGGGCACAACGACCACAUCCUGAAGAGGAUUCCAGCCGGGGCAGAGGCGACCGUCGUGCUCGUGGGAGCCGUGGACUUCCUGGACCAGCCCACCAUCGCGUUCGUCCGACUCGCCGAGGGCGUCUAUAUCCCAUCCAUCACCGAGAUCACCAUCCCCGUCAGGUUCGUCUUCGUCCUGCUCGGCCCCAGGAAUGCCGACCUCGACUACCAUGAGAUCGGUCGGUCCAUCUCCACCCUGAUGGCGAACACGUCCUUCCACAAAGUGGCAUAUAAGGCGAACGAGAGGAGGGAGCUGCUCUCCGCCAUCAACGAGUUCCUCGACGACUCCAUCGUGCUGCCUCCUGGGAACUGGGAGAGACAGGCGUUGCUGCCCUUCGACGAGCUCAAGGCCAAGAGCGAGGCCAUCCGCAAGCGCAAGGCCAAGGCCCUCGAGGAGAAGAGCAAGCCGGUGCUGAGCGCCACCAUUGUUCCCGGGAAGAAGGCCCUUUUAGCAGGUGAUGGCGAAAAGAAGCCGCCUCCCGACGACGAUCCUCUACGGCGCACCAGGCGACCCUUCGGCGGCCUCAUCAACGACAUCAAGAGACGUUAUCCGUUCUACUUGUCGGACUUCACCGACGGCUUGAGCUCCUCGUGCUUGGCGGCGGCGAUCUUCAUGUACUUCGCAGCCCUGUGCACCGCUAUCACGUUCGGGGGUCUCCUGAGCGAUAAGACACGCAACACCAUCGGCAUCUCCGAGACCCUGGUCUCCUGCUCAUGGACGGGCGUGAUAAUGGCCCUCUUCGCGACCCAGCCACUAGUGAUAAUCGGCACCACCGGGCCUUUGUUGCUCUUCGACGAGAGUCUCUUCGAGUUCUGCCUGGCCAACGGGCUGGAGUUCCUCACGAUGAGGGUCUACGUCGGAGCCUGGAUGGGCAUCAUCGCUCUGACGGUCGCCUGCGUCGAGGGCUCCGUCUUGGUCAGGCUCUUCACCAGGUUCACGGAGGAGAUCUUCACCGGGCUGAUAUCCAUCCUGUAUAUCGUCGAGACUUUCAUCAAGCUCUACAACUACUUCGUCAGAAACCCUCUCUUGCCCGAGUACUGCUUCGGCGAGCUGGGAUUUGUAUCCGAGAACGAGACCAUCGUCUCGUCGACGACGAUCUCGACGACGACCACCUCUGGACCCAUCAUCGCUCGCUCCGUCAGGGCCGUGGAUCCUGAGCAAAGCUACCAGGAAUCACGAAACGAAACCGAGCAAACUGUCUUCCCGGUGUCCGUCGCGUCCAUGCUUCCCGUCCUGCCCAGCCACGAUGGGGCUGGGCUGGUGAACCAGCCGAACACCGCGCUGAUGUGCACGAUACUCUGCCUGGGCACCUUUCUCGGGGCCUACUACCUGAGGAUCUUCCGCAACAGCCACUACCUGGGGCGCAGCGCUCGCCGCGCAUUCGGGGACUUCGGAGUGCCCAUCAGCAUCAUCACGUUCGUUCUCGUCGAUUACCUGGCCCAGGUGAAGACGGAGAAGCUGCUGGUGCCGGAGGGCCUGUCGCCCUCGGUCGCGGACAGGUCAUGGUUCGUGUCUCCUGGAGGAACCGACAAGUCCAUCCCCCUCUGGAUGGCCUUCGCCUGCUGCGUGCCGGCUCUCCUGGUCUACAUCCUCGUCUUCAUGGAGACCCAGAUAUCGGAGCUGAUAAUCGACAAGAAGGAGAGGAAGCUGCGCAAGGGCUGCGGGUACCACAUGGACAUCGUGGUGGUCUGUUUGAUGAAUGUGGGCUGCGGUUUAAUGGGCGCGCCCUGGUGCUGCGCAGCCUCGGUGCGAUCCCUGACCCACGUCUCCGCGGUGACGGUCAUGUCCAGGACCCAUGCACCCGGUGACAAGCCGCACAUCGUCGAGGUCAAGGAGCAGAGGGUCAGCGCGCUGCUGGUCGCCGUCCUGGUCGGCGUGAGCGUCCUGAUGGCUCCUCUCCUGAGGCGCGUGCCCAUGUCGGUCCUGCUGGGUGUCUUCCUCUACAUGGGCAUCUCCUCCACCAACGGAGUCCAGCUCUUCGACAGGGUCAAGCUCUUCUUCAUGCCGGUCAAGCACCACGGGACCGCCACCUACGUGCGCCGCGUCCAGACCUACAAGAUGCACAUCUUCACCCUCAUCCAGAUCCUCUGUCUGGCCGUCCUCUGGAUCGUCAAGAGCACCAAGGCCGCCCUGGCGCUCCCGUUCUUCCUGAUCCUGAUGAUCCCCCUGAGAGCCCAGAUGGUCAGGUUCUUCACGGGCGCGGAGCUGCGUGCCCUCGACAGCAAGGAACCGGAACACGAGACCAAGGAGGACGAGCUCGACUUCUACGAGGAGGCCCCUCUUCCGGGUUAAGGCUCGACGUGCAUCCCUCUUCCGGAUACGCUCGACCUUGAAGAACCCAGACCACGAGGACGCGGCGUCGCCAACCAAACGAGGAACGAGCCGCGUUCCUCUCUUCGUAUAUUUUCCCGCAAUUUCUUUUCCUCUCUCUCUCUCUUUUUCUUCUCCACGGGGAUCCCCUGGUCGUUGAGCGACACCGUUGACGACAAUUGGAGUCCGCAGAGAGACGACUCUCCGUGACGUAGUUAUUAACUCGCUCAACGUCCGCCUGUGGCGCCCCUGCGCCUGCGAUUCGCUGACGAAACGAUAUCCUGUCGGCGCGACGGUAUGCUAAUUGACCGAACGAUCGUUACUGUACUUAAAUGCCGUUUGCGUGGACAAUUCGCAGGUGACAGCGGCUAGGUCCCUGAGUCCCCGAAGAGCGCCGUUCACGCCGAGGAGGGGAUAAAGCGGUCCUUCUCUACUUCCACCGAAGGCCAAUUGCGCUCUCGAGGAUUCGCAGAGUGUCGGCCCACUUUUCUCACGAGUGGGUCGCACGACUCUAAAUCUCGACUCCGUCGUUGAGGAGCAAUCUCGCGAGACCCUCUCUCUCUCUCUCUUGGAGUAAUUCUUCCCAGGGCGAACAAGAAGCGGCCAGUUCUGGCGGGGGUCUCUUCCCUCGUCCCGGGAGGGUCGAAUUCGGAGGAUGCAAAUUGAACCGCCGGCCGGUCUGUAAUUUCCAUAGCUCGUUGCGGGGAUUAGAGAGAGAGGGGGGGAGGCCCGCUUCUUGGGCGCGGAUUUACAUUUGUACCUUACGUCGAUAUGCACUACCUCCGCGAGUAGGGAUCCGUAGCUGUGUACGCAGUGCGUGACAAUAUUCUUGCCACGGGUCGCGCCGGCACAGCCCGACGAGAACUUCGUAGAGCACUGUACUUAUACAUAUAUACAUACAUAUACACGUGUUAAUAGACAGAGACGGAAUUAUGUCCCGACUCUAGGCCAAUUGUUACCGACCGAUCGCCGAAGGAGUCGAGGCGUAUCGUCGGACUAUCGCGAGGAGUAGGGCUUAACUAAUAGCGGUUCCAAUUUAUCAAUUCAAUAUCGAUACAACGACCGGGGUGCCCGAGGAAGGGAUAGCAUUCUCGGUGGAUGGAAGUCGUUGUCGAUGAUGGUGAUUUAGCAAUUAGGCUAGACAAGCUGUGUAUCCUUGGGUUGGUGGCUCCCACCUGGAUGGCGACCUACACGAUGCGUCGGUCGGGUCUAUUUUUCUCGAAGCACGUAGAGGUCGUAGUUGAAGUAAUAAGUCGGAGAGCCGAAUAUGGCCGGAUGGGAUUGUCUAGGAGGCGAGCCGAGGGGAAUCCGAUUGUCAAGGGAGCGUCGAGAGGGCUUUCAGCAAUAAAAUUCCGGCUCGGUCUAGGCGACCCGGACGAUCAAGCCGUUCCUCUGGAUGUUACUCGUCGGCCGACCUCGGACUAGCUCUUUCGGGAUAUUAAGCCAGGUUCUUUCAAGGUGUCUCGGUACUUUAAGGCGACAUGGAAGUGACAUCUGCUAGGUCAAUAGUUUACUGAACUUUUCUGCCAAUUGGCUGUAUCGAAUUGUUUGAAAUUCUGCCCACUCAAUGGCGAGGCUUUAAGGGAGGUCCUAACAUCCGUGGAAUUUCAUUUGUUAUAAAAAAUAUUUUUUAAAUCUUUAUAAACCAAUUAUUAAAUGAAAUCUCAUGGGUGUCGGUACCUUCCUUAGAGCUUUCAUAUUCACGUGGUGAAGUUUCAAGCGAUUCGGUACACCCUGUUCGGAGAAAAGUUUCGUAAAGGAGACUCAGACGUCACUCUCGUGCCACCUUAAGAUAACAUACAUCAGAGCCAUCUUAAGUUGAUGUGGAGUGGCAUCUGACGAGUGAAUCGUUUCUGCAACUUUUCUACAAACAGGGCGUACCGAAUCGCCUGAAACUUUACAACGCGAACGUGGAGGCCAUAGGGAAGGUUCCGACACUCAUGAAAUUUCAUUUAUUAUAACAAAAAUUUUGAAAAUAUCCAUAAACAAAAUGGAAAAAAAAAUUGAACUUUUAUGAGUGCCAGGACUUUCCUUAUAGCCUCUAUAUUCACAUUAUCAAGUUUUAAGCGAUGCACCCAGUUCGGAGAACAAUUGCAUAGAUGAGACCUCUCUGACGCCGCUUUCAGAUCCCCUUAACAUCCCGAUACGUCACCCCAAGUCGCGCAGAAAAAUGUCGAGGUCUCUCGGACGAAUUUCUCGACGUCGGCCACGAGGAACGGUGUCUGCAAUAAGGCUCGGAAUAGCACACCAAACGGGAUUCGCGCGCGCAUAGAUAUACGAGAAGAGUAUUCUAAGAGGUCGGGAGCGAGACGCCUCCCGCGUAUAUGGUAUUUUGAUCCUUUAGAGUAUUUUACUAACUAAAAAAAAAAGAUAAGAAAAUCGCAGCCAUUGCGUCGGCGCCUGUAAUGUCGGUAUAUCGAACGUUUCACCUACAACCGCCCUGUUUGUGCCUGCGAGUGCGUGCUAAGAGCGGUCGCGCGCGCGUCUUCGGAGGAUCCCCAUGUGGACCCUUGCUCUCGAUAUUUCUUAUUAUAAUAUUCCUCGAUAUUCCUUAAUAUUAAUCGAUCUUCCCGAAGACGCACGCGCGGCGCGCCGAUACACGCGACUGUGAUAGAAACCCGCGACGGCCCGACCAGGACCCCACGUGGGUCGGUGCUCCGAAAUUAAUAUCUGACUUCCCGAUCGGUUUUAGAGCAUUCCGCCUCGGUAGAAAUUUUGGCCCUAGUUCCUAGUUUCCAUGUAAAAAAAAAGAAAGCAAAAAAAUGACCCAAAAUUAAGGACGAUCGAUUGGAACCUCCACCGCGCGUGCUGGCGAUCCUGCGAAGCCGUCGCGGGGCGAUUCCUUCGAGGGAAGGAAUCUCGUUUAGGGAAAAGAGAGCUCUAUAUUCUACACUACGAUCCAUCGUUGAGACGCUAUUAUAUAUAUAUACACAUAUAUACAUAUGUCUAUAUAUAUAUGUCUACAUUGCAGAUUAUAUUCUAUACGUAUUAUAUAUAUAUAUAUAUGAAUAAAUCCCGCGGGAAAAGCCGACGAUUGGGAGGAAAGAAGAGACCUAAAUCCGAUGAGUCGCACCUCGCGGGGCGCGACUCUCUCCUUGUACAUAAAGUAGCUACAUGCAGUAUUAAAAAGUAAUAACGAGAGCGAUGGAGCGUUAGGACUGGUUCUCGCGCCUUACGAGUUGACGGAGAUGCGCCGAGGAGAGGGUAAUGAGAAAUAAAAAAGAUAUUUUACUUGUC